AUUGUCGCAAAAAUUUUAGUCUUGUAAACGAACAAUUAUUACGUGAUCUCAGAAAUAGUGUCUAAAAAUACAAAAUCAAUCAAGCAGUUCGGGUUCUUAAUUGCCGUCUUUAUCGGCUGUGUAAAUUAUUGGUGACAGUGUGUGAAGAUUCGCAUAAAUGAAUGAUGUCGCUGAGGUCGAAGGCCCUGGCGCUUGUGGAGGUGCUUUUGCGAGUCCCACCGCUGUUUGUGGUGGAUGAGUUCCUGAAGAUCAGCUUGGGAUUGCCGGUGUCGAGCGGCGAGGAGGUUUCGGUGCUUAGCAACGUGACAGUCGACCACGUAGAUGUUACUGAAGCGGAUGUGAAUUACUACGAUGCGAACUUCUAUAAUGCUUUCCUCUUUACUUUCUUCAAGUUCGUCAUCUGCUGCUUAGGAAUAUUGACACAAAAUUACUUCUGCAACGGCUUCGGCGCUGCGGGAAAUGCAGUCCCUUACCCUUUGCAUAGCAAAUCGCAGGCACCCAUGCUAACCUCCACAGCUUCCGCCUUCGGCGACCAGCCUCAGCCACUACAGCUCACUCAGGGGCCUGUGAUUUGCUACAGCGGGCGGGGGCUGCUUUCCCUCCAUGUCUACGACUUUACAAAACCACUAGGGGAUGCAUGUCAUCGCUCUGCGUGUUCGUACUAUACACCAAGCACCUCAUCAUAGUAUACCUGUACCUCAUGUCUCUGGGAAUAGUGUUCGUAUCCUACUGGACCAACGUGUCGGCGAUCAAACAAAUUCAAGCACUAACCCUAGCUGCUUCAACCCCAUAUCCCUCCCCGAGCAUACUCGAAGACAUUCUUAAUUUAAAUAUAAAAAACUUACUCGAUCUCGACGGCCCCGGCGUUCUAGUCAUACAAAAUUUUAGUAUACAGUUUGCCUUAGCAUUCCUCUUUAAAAAUGUCCACCUCGGACCUCGCAAUCAGACUAUACAGAAGCUAUUGCCUAUUAGUUUUAUGGCACCAUCGUUUCUGGCGAUGUUACCGGUUCCUCCCAAUCUUUUGCACCAUUCCCCCGUCUUCUCUUCGCUGUUGCCACUCUUUCUCGUCAAAUACGUCCUCUGGACUUCAGCUUAUUCCAUUGUACAAGUUAUCUACACUGGCUACCAGCACGGCAGACUGUUCGUAAGUAAUUACGGUCUAUCAGCGUUGGUGGAGACGGAGUGGAUGCGGUUGAACGUGCCGUGUGUUUUGAGGGUGUUUUGGGUGUUAAGAGUGGCGGAACAUGCGAUUCUGCUCCUAAUGGACAACUAUGACGAUGACAAUGAAGAGGUAUUAAAGGUUUCCACUCUACUAGCCGUCCAGUCUCUUGCCUCAAUGGCAAAAUCGUUGUUAGUAACAGGAUGUGAGACCAUAACAGCUGUUCUCGGGAUGACUUCAGUCAUAUCUUUCUUCUGUCACUACAUUGGCAACUUCUUCCAAUGGAUCCUGUUGACAGAUGAGGAAGAAGACAAAAGCAUUGGUACGGUCUCCGCUAUACUAUUCUAUAUACUGGCAUUGCAGACCGGAUUGACAUCAUUGAACCCUGAGAAAAGGUUUAUUCGACUGUGCAGGAAUUUUUGCUUGCUAUUCACAGCUCUUCUACAUUUUUUGCAUAACAUCGUCAAUCCAAUGUUGAUGUCUCUCAGUGCGUCACACAAUCCUAGUACCCAUCGGCAUGUCCGCGCGUUGGGAGUCUGCGCAUUUCUUAUUAUGUUUCCCAUUUCUCUACUUGUGUAUCUUUGGUCCCAGCAUUCCAUAUCUACUUGGCUGUUAGCUGUUAGCGCUUUCAGCAUAGAAGUUAUUGUUAAGGUCGUCGUCAGCCUCAUGAUCUACUCCUUGUUUCUCAUAGAUGCUUACAGGAGCACAUUCUGGGAGCAGUUAGACGAUUACGUUUAUUACAUUCGGGCUUUCGGCAAUACCAUUGAGUUCUGCUUCGGUAUUUUUCUAUUUUUCAACGGCGCUUGGAUUUUGUUGUUUGAGUCGGGCGGCGCAAUCAGGGCUGUGAUGAUGUGCAUUCACGCUUACUUUAACAUCUGGUGCGAGGCCAGGGCCGGUUGGUCAGUUUUCAUGAAGAGAAGGACGGCCGUGAACAAAAUUAACUCCUUACGAGAAGCUUCCUCUGACCAGUUAAAUCGUUUGGACGACGUUUGCGCGAUAUGCUACCAAGAAAUGCAUUCCGCCAAGAUCACGCGCUGCAAUCACUUCUUCCACGGCGUCUGCCUCAGGAAAUGGCUCUACGUCCAGGACAGGUGUCCACUGUGCCACGAUAUUUUAUAUAAGAUAGACAACGAUCCCAAUAAAGAUAACAACUCCGAAGCUGGCAACGAAGAGAACAGUAACAAUCAGAAUCUACUCUUGGAGGAGGAGCCAGAUUUGUUUUUAGGCGACGGUGUGAGAUGACGUUUAGAAGAAGCCUUACAAAAUUUUGAUUUAGAUUUUGAGUUAGAUUAAAACAAUAUAAUGAUUUUUGAGUCCGAGUUUUAUCAGUGGUAUUUUUAAUUUUGUAUAGUAAGUUAUUUGUUUUUUUUUUAAUUAUUAUUAUUAAAAAUCAGUUGGAUUCCUGUGAUUUAAGGUAUAAAUUUUGUCUUGUGACGAGUGGAUACUUUCACUGUGUGACGUUAGUCUUAAGUUAUUAGUCUCGCUUAGUCCUUCCUGGCAAUGCUGUGACCAUUUCUAUGAAUGUUACAUGUAUUUUAAUGAAAAAUCGCUAGUGCAUUACCUGCCUAUGCUAACUAAAUACCGUUAUUGAAAAAAAAACAAAGCUAUUUGUAAAUAGUACUUUAGAAAUAGCUUUUAAUAUUUUUGAAACUAACGUGAUGAUGAAAAAAAAUCUAUAAAAAUAGUAAUUUUUCUCAAUAAACUGUAAAUAAACUAUUAUUUUAGUAGC